ACACACUACUACUCUUCAUCUUCAUCUCUAUUGUGUUGUCGAUCGAAUCAAAGAUUCAAAGAUUUGAAGAUGAAGAGGAAAACCCCUAAAAAUGUAAAACAAAGUGGAAGGAAGAAGGUAUCAUCGCUGGGCGUUAACAACACGAGACAGUUACAGCUUCAACUGAACGAAGUCUCUCGUCUGUCUCUCAAACAAUACAAACCAUUACCAACAACAACAACAAUCUGUACUUCUUCUUCAACCGCUUCUCGCUUCCAGAACCUUCUAGAUUCUGAGACCAACGAAAACCCUCACGCUAGGGUUACGGGUGAUGCUGUUGAACCAGAUUACAGAGAUUUCAUUCUCAGCCAAGAAUUCUUUUGCACACCAGAUUACAUAACUCCGGAUAAUCAACGAAUUUUGAACAGCUUGGAUUUCAACAAGGAUAAUAGUCCUUGCCCAAAAUCGCCGGAGAAAUUGAAUACUACGAAAAGCAAGAGAUGCACAUUGGAUGGUAUCUUGGUAAACCCUCUCAGCCCCACCUUUUCUGGCAACCACCAACCAGUUGUGGAACUUGAUAAGGACUCUGUUGCAGAGGAAGUAGAUAUUGAUAAAACAAUGGCAGCCAGUAAGCCAAAGGCCCAGAAUUAUGUGUCACAUUCUGCAGCAGCAUUGCGUUGUAGGGUCAUGCCUCCUCCUUGCAUUAGCAACCCCUAUUUAAAAGACGUUUCACAACAAGAGACAGAUCCCUUCGCAAACCAAAGAUCCAAAUGUGCAGGUCUCUUCCCUAAUUUUACUUCUGCUGAUGGGCUCUCACGCUAUCGCACAGAUUUUCAUGAGAUUGAGCAAAUUGGCAGAGGGAACUUCAACAGUGUUUUCAAAGUAUUAAAGCGAAUAGAUGGCUGCUUGUAUGCUGUGAAACUCAGUACUAGACAGUUGCACCAGGAAACUGAAAGGCGAAAAGCUUUGAUGGAAGUUCAAGCUUUGGCAGCCUUGGGGUCUCAUGAGAACAUUGUGGGGUAUUAUUCUUCAUGGUUUGAAAACGAACAGCUGUACAUUCAGAUGGAGCUAUGUGAUCAUAGCUUAUCUAUAAACAAAGGCUACGAGUUAUUAGCAGAAGGACAAGCAUUAGAAGUUUUAUAUCAGGUUGCCAACGCACUGCAAUUUAUACACGAGAAGGGAGUAGCUCAUCUUGAUGUUAAACCUGAUAAUAUUUAUGUAAAAAAUAGUGUUUAUAAGCUUGGUGAUUUUGGAUGUGCAACUCUUAUUGAUAAUAGCCUGCCAAUUGAAGAGGGAGAUGCUCGUUAUAUGCCCCAGGAAGUUCUAAACGAGAAUUAUGAUCACCUUGACAAGGUUGAUAUUUUCUCCCUGGGAGCUUCUAUUUAUGAACUCAUUCGAAGACUGCCUUUGCCAGAAUCAGGAAGUCAUUUUUUAAAUCUUAAAGAGGGCAAGUUGCCACUACUACCUGGUCAUUCAUUGCAAUUUCAAAACUUGCUUAAGGCCAUGAUGGAUCCUGAUCCGGUUAAGAGACCUUCGGCUAGAGAGUUAGUAGAGAACCCAAUUUUCGACAAGGCCUUAAGAAUACCAAAAAAUUGAUCCACCACGAUUGUUUUUCACUUCUGGCUCGACCAACGGUUAUGUAGAUUAGUCUUGAUUAUGUCAUGGCCAAUUUUGUGAAUGUGUUUUGGUUAUAUGCACCCGAUUAUUCUGACUAUGGCGCAUGUUCUUUAAAUUCAAUGGUCCAGCCAGGCAUCUGAUGUACAUUGUAAUGUACUAAAAUGUGCUAAUGAUAGUUAACAAAAAUUCUGUGAAUCCCAGAAGUAUUUGAUUUGACUGUCGUUUUUUC